AUGAUAUUCCGAUGGGUAUUCAUCCCGUGGUUGCAGCGUGAAUUAGAUUCUUACCAGGACCGGAUCAACCACACUGCCAAAAGGCGUGAUCGCAACAAGGUACUGCCACAUGGAGUCCCAGAACUUAUUUAUCGGUCCGCUGAAGACUUUGGUGCCCUCGACUUCAAGAUCAAGGUAGAGAAGGCCGCUGUGGAUCAUGUUCGAGCAAUGUACAUCAAACCUGGACACCUGUUACGAACUAGGAUAGUUCUUAACAACGACAACUCGACAGAGUUACGAUCGUUGAGAUUCGUAGUCUCCAGAAAAGGGGACUCUUCGUAG